AUGGCAAUCCAUGCGGUCCUCCCAGGGGGAUACGCAAUCCCCCUCACAGUCUCUCCAGACUGGACAAUUGAGAAGCUUAUCGCUAUGAUCACCAAGCACAUUGGAAUCCAGGCAGAGAGAAUCUUGUUAAUGCACAACAGCGAGCCUCUCUAUGGAAUCUUCACAGUUGGUGAUUAUGAGAUCAAGGAAGGCGAGAAGAUUUUCAUUGGAAUCUGGAUAGGCCAAAAUCUUGCAAUUUCGAAAGCCUGCUCUUUAGCCUAG